UUUCCAAUUUCGAAUCUCGUCGGGCUAAUAAUUCGGCGGAAGUGACAUCGCAUAUAGUUUACAGAUGUGUAGGUAACUGUCUUGCCCGAAUAGAUUUUAUGUGAUAGAUGAUUUAUCGGGGUGGACACAGAAUAUAGCUACCCUGCUGGUUGCCAUGGGUGGUUACGGGAUGGUGUCAAACGAGGAAACUAUUGAUUAUUCGGUUCAUGAAGCAUGGAACGAGGCGACCAAUGUGUAUCUCCUUGUUAUCCUGGUCAGCUUUGGCUUGCUAAUGUACGCUAGAAAAAAUAAAAGAAAGAUCAUGCGUAUUUUCACGCUACCUCCCACCGUCGGGUCGUCGCCGGAGCCAAAUUUCUACGACAGUCUGCAGAAAGUCCGUUUACGGCAACAGUUGGAGAUGUAUUCCCUAGCAAGAAAAUUCGAUCAGCACCAACAAGGUCAAGCGGAGAGUGUACAGCUUGCGAUAGAGUGAAAAAAACUUGGAGAGAACACUGCAUGCUCAUUUUUAUUCUGCUUUUUUGUAUUAUUACGUUAUAUAUUCUUUUAUAUGUAAAUAAAAUAUGAAAAAUGCACACCGAUGGCCAUUCCGAACAAACUCGCUCUUGCAUGCUUAUUCAGAAAAUGACAGGCAAUAACGUGGAGUGGCUGUGAGCCGCCCUCUGGCGAUGAGUAAAAUCUUAAUACUGUGAGUAGGUAUGCAUCUAGGCUGCUAUCUAUUGCAAGAAGAUUGCGAGGAAAUCGCAGAGACAUCUU